UCAAUAAUCAAAAUGUCAAAUGCUCAACAAGCCGGUGAAUACCACGGCCAAGCUCAGGCUAAGACCGAACAACUAGCACAAUCAGCAAAGAAUAGAGCACAUUCAUUGGCUGAUAAGGCUGACAGUGCUACCCAAAGUGCUCAACAAUCUGUUCAGGAUAACAAAGACCAACUCAACCCUGGAUUCCUUCAGCAGACUGGAGAGCAAGUGAUCCAUAUGGCUCAAGGUGCAGUUGAUGGAGUGAAGAACACACUUGGAAUUGGAUCAGACAAAAAGUGAAAAAG